AUGAAUAAAAACUAUGAACGAUGUACCCAUUGCAAUCGACGAAAAUGGCUUGCUACAGGCUGUCUCAGAAAAUGGUUGAAACCAAUGGAAUGUAAACAUUUACAAAGAAGUAUCGAUAAUAAAAGAGAUUUUAGCAGUACAGACAUCGUAAAUACAGUAUUUUUACCAGAACGAAAAGCUCCAGUUAAUACUAAUAAGUUCGUAAAAUUUUGGAAAAAUAAGCUUCUUAUCACUGGAAGCGUUAGAUCUUUGCAGAGAUAUUUUGGUAAUAAAAACGACGAUGAUGAAUAUUUAUGUAAUUAUAGUAAAAGAGCCGAUAUCUCUUCUGAAAAACAAAUAAUGCCAAUUAGGAGUGAAACUAAGAAGGAAAUUGAUUUAGAAAACAUGUACAUGAAAUGUCAACAUUCUGAUGGUCAUUCUGUUCUUCGGGGACACCAUCAACAUGCCUCAGUUGAAAGUUGUGCGAUAUACUGCCAACUUUCCAAACAUGGUUGGUACUGGGGUGGAAUUACAUCAAGUGAGGCAGAAGAACUUUUAGCUGGACAACAUGACAAUGUUUUCUUAGUACGAGACUCCUAUGACUCUAGGCACAUAUUGUGUGUUUCAUUUCGUUGUGUAGGACGUACUCUUCAUGCUCGACUAAGGCAUGCUGAUGGCCUUUUUUCAUUAAACAAUGAAACAUUUGUCCCAGCUAAUAGAAUAUCAGAACACUGUGCCACAGUAGAUGUAAAGUCAAAAUUGUUUGAAAUGCCAGUGAAACUAGCAAGGCCCUUGAACAGAUUUGCAAGAUUAGACUCAUUACAAAAGAUUUGCAGGUUUGUAAUAAGACAAACAGUAUCUGAAGACUUAUGGAACAAAUUACCACUUCCUCCGAAUUUAAUAGCUUAUGUGUCUCUUGGUAGUGACUAUAUAGCCACAUUA